ACUGUGUCUCAGUGCUGGCUGUUACUGAGCUGCACCCUUCAGUGGUGAGGAGGGAAAAACACUGCAUUUGUGUUCUGGUUCUGGACCGGACCUCAUGUCUGAUCCUUUCCUUCGGUGUUGUAAGCCUGCUGCUUAGCGUCAUUAGCCGGCUCAGAGCUUCAGCAGCACCGCUAUAGGUGUCAUGUUUGGUUAGUUACUACUAGCAGAGCUGAACACUUUAAACCCACAUUUUGACUGAAGAGAAACCUCACACAUUACACCAUGCACUUUUAGUUCCCGAGUUUUUACCGGCUGGAAGGAGCAAUGAGAGCCUUUUGAAAGAAGGUUGAUUUUCACAGACUCUUCUGGAAACAAACGCGGAUCUCUGAAGGGUUCCGCUGCCGGAUAAAGUGAGUUAUUUAUACGGAGGAACUUUCGGUGUUGUGGUUGACAUGCUAAAGAGUCGUCAGUGUCUGCCGUGUGUCCGCACUUUCUUUGGCGUGACGUCCAAGUUAUGGAGUUUAUUUUUGUAUUUCCUCAGGAAACCUCUAAGAAAGAUAAUCCAAUAUCAGACGGUGCGAUAUGACAAUUUACCUUUGUCACCAUUGUCUAGAACCAGACUCAAUGCAGUAAAGCGGAAGAUUCUAGUUUUAGACCUCGAUGAGACAUUGAUUCACUCUCAUCAUGAUGUGAUUCUGAGACCGUCAGUACGGCCGGGCACACCACCAGACUUUAUCCUUAAAGUUGUUAUAGACAAGCACCCAGUCAGAUUCUUUGUGCAUAAAAGGCCCCAUGUGGACUUCUUCUUGGAGGUGGUUAGUCAGUGGUACGAGCUCGUAGUGUUCACUGCUAGCAUGGAAAUCUAUGGCUCUGCAGUAGCAGACAAGCUGGACAACAACAAAGGGAUCCUGAAGCGGAGAUAUUACAGACAGCAUUGCACGCUGGAUCUGGGUAGUUAUAUAAAAGACCUCUCUAUCAUACAUGGUGAUCUUUCCAGUAUAGCAAUUCUUGAUAACUCUCCUGCAGCGUAUCGCAGUCAUCCAGAUAAUGCAAUACCUAUAAAGUCAUGGUUCAGUGAUCCCAGUGACACAGCACUUCUUAACCUUCUGCCAAUGUUGGAUGCACUAAGAUUCACAGCCGAUGUUCGGUCUGUCCUUAGCCGAAACCUGCACCAACAUCAACUUUGAUGAUUGUCCAAUUAGAGUUCCAUUUUUAGCUUCGUUCCUCAGUUCUGAUCCCUUUUUCGUAUAACAUCAGCACACAUGAACUUGCUUGAAGGAGGAAGAACAUUGGGAACAUGUUUACCCUUAGUGUGCCUUCCGUUUUCAAACUGGCAUCCUUGUCUUGAAUUUCUUCUGGAACACUGUGUGAGGACUGCGCAUAAACCCAUUAGUAAAGAGAGAGCCUUAAGGACAGUCGUAUUCAUACAGUGCCAUGGUUUUAAUACGACAGACUUCAGAUGAGUCUGGAUUUCUCAGGUUAUUGGUGAUGGACAGUGUCCUUCCAUCACCAUGAAUAUGCGGAGGACAGAAAACAAAGAGCAGCAAUUUGGAGUCCUGGUUUCUACUCACUUUCUUUUUCGUGACUGUCAACGGGUGUCCCCCCCCCCCCCCCCCCCCUUUUUUUUUUAGGGCAACAAGAAUUCAUUCUUUAACUCUUGACAAUAUUUGAUGGAUGAGCAUUGAGAGAAUUAUUUUAAACAGAAUGUCUAAUUUGGACUCAGAAAAAAGUGGCACACCUAGGUGUCCAAAAGGACAAGUUUCUUCGUCCUUACAAGGUCCUUGUAACAAUAAUAUUUUGUGAUGUUUAAUGUAAAGAUUAUUUUUUGACACAGAUACCAGCAGCCCAUCUACAUCAGGGGGAAAUUUUAAUGUUGUUGCGCUGUUGUUGAGGUGCCAUUUUUAAAGACAAGAAUAUUUAAUAAUUUGUGUAUUAACGGACAAUUUUAAUUUGGCAGUUUUAUAUGACCAAUAUGUAGAAUGUCUUUCCCAGCCUUUUCUUUAGCAAAUUUAUAAAUAUUUCAUGACACAUCAUUUUUAUUCUUCUGAACAGCAUAAGUUAGUGGGGAAAUGUUCAGAGAACGGAAUGUCCGGUACAGACUUCAGAAGCAAAAAAGAAAAAAAUGCUGUUUUAUUCACAUACAUUUACAAAGACAUGCAAGGAAUGAAUAUUGUGUUGAAAGUCUGUAUAUUGAAGUAUACCGAACAGUUGGCUAAGUAACCGCCAUUUUAUUUUAUUUUUAUAUUUACCCGUUCUAUAGUAAAUGAUCUUUUGCUCAAGUCUCAGGGCGGCUCCUUUGGACUCUAGUCAUGAGAUUAAUAAAACGCAUGACUGUGACAA